UAUCCCCGCUCCCCAUCCCUCAAACUCUCGCCCUGCCAUGUCGCUGUCUACAGAGAUGAUGACGCUACGGCGCAUCGCGUCUAGUGCCUUCAAGAUCGCGACCGCGGCGUCCAAGAGGCUUUCUUCGCGGCCGUCACAACCUCUACCUGUGCAGCCUCCGUUGGCGCCAACCUUCUCCGUGCCACAACCCAUUUCUUCUGAUCUCAUUGCUCUGGGUCUUCGAUCUACGGUAGCCGAGAAAAUAUCUUCAGCAUAUUGUCGCACUGCACUGCGGCUAAGAAGCCAGUAUGAGCUACACAGUCGACAUGCCCUACAAGCUUACGCUCAGGCGGAGCCUUCUGGUCACACGGGUGUUGUUAAUCUGGGGGCAAAGUUCUGCACAGUUCUAGUCACCAGGUACCUGAAGACCCUCCAGAGUUGGCGAUCUGAAAUCAUUGGCACAGUUGCUUCGCGCAUCCGCGAUAUUCGCGAGGCUCAACAAUACCCUGAACAACCAAUUAAACGACCGUUCAAUCAGACUGCCGUACCCACUCUCGAAGAAUUCUUCGAACGCAAUCCACGACCAACGCGUGCUGAAAAGCAGGCACUCGCCAGCCAGACCGGUAUGGAGUAUAAACAGAUUAACGUCUGGUUCCAGAAUCGGCGUAGUCGGUCCAAAAAAGCCAACCCCGCCAGUGCAGUCACAAAUUCUGUCAGCGACAACAGUAACAACGCGUCGCUCCCUCCUGACCUGGCAGCAUCACUGGCCAGGAUUUUGGAUACCUAUGUAGUUGCCAAGGAGGACAUUCUAGUCGACGAUGCACACCACACUUCCUCAGACUCUGUUCCGACAUUUGGGCCCUUCAACUCGGAGCGCCCUCCACACGCGUACCCAGUUUGCUAUCCUCCCUUGUGCGAUUACGACCCUUUCCCUAUUUCCGGACCAUCACGCAGGUUUCUAGUCCCCUGGUCACGCUGUGCCGUAACAUCUUCCAGGAGAUGCCACGACGUCGAUGCAGGUGAUCUCCUCACUUGUCUGGGGCAACUCAGUCUCCAUGAUGGGAUGCAAACAAGCCCACGCCUGACAGAUAAGCCGCCUGAGGAUCGUCCUCGUCCUUCGGUCGGUUUCGCGAUUGUACCUCCCACUGCCCCGUUGCCGGCUCUCCUCCGUGCACCAUCGCAUUCACUCGGUCGUACGCAUGCAGAGGCCCAUUGUCAACCCGUGAACCGGCAACGUUCGGAUGGCAUGGCAGCGUGUCAUUCGGAGGGAUGUUUCACUAGCCCAAGGACUCGCCGAAGAGGUAUCAGACCACGCACCUCGAGGCAGAUUUCCGUGGACGGCUGUGACGCCUGGUUGGCUCAGACGAAGGCAAACUCACCUACCACUCCACGACGAAGGGUUCGCUUGUCGUUUCAACCCCAAAGGAACACGACAUCACGUGCAACUGCACCCCGGGGUCCGUCUACUCUUUUGGACGCAGCGCAUACAGGUCAACCGUAUCCCAGGGGCAAACCUAACAGACAAAGGCCCUCUGCAUCCAUCCGCGCGUCACCAGCAUCCUGUAUCGACGCCGCUACAGCAUCUUGUACGCCAUCAUCCCGGGAGAUAUCCACUUCACCGGAACCAUCCACAUCGCCAGUCUCCACUCCGUCCCCGAGCCCCUCACCCUUGCUGUCGCGAAUGUCAUCAUUAUCGUCAAUUCGCUCCGUCUCUUCGAUGUCGAGUUCAUCAUCCGAUUCUGACUUGCUGCUCACACCGCCCAUGCUGCCGACAUCCUUACCAGACGUUCCAUUCUCACUUGAAGGCUCGACGUUCGACCUGUAUACAGAUCUGAACAGCGUCUUCAAUAAAGACGCAGGACUGGACAGCAUGUUCGGAGAUAGUUAUGCGGACUAUUCGGCCUCCUUCAUGGGCGACAUCGAUACCACGAUCCAAAUCCCUACUGCCUUCGCUUCGUCUCUGCAGCAAAAGGAUGCGCCUAUGCUGGGCGACUACACUAUACCCUUCGUUCCAGUGGCUUCAUUCGAGGUCUUCUGACCCUGUUCCUCCGUGUCUGUUGGCCCUCGUCUUCGGCAGUCACGCUCCGGUCACAUUUGCUCUAUGCUCCCGCUAUCCUCGUUUGUGCUGUGUCUGAUGCUGUGUUGCUGUCGAUACUUUAUUCUUAAUCUAUGCUCGAGCCUCGCCGUUUUCUCGCA